ACUGGAGAAAAACCUUUUUCUUGUACAGUAUGUUCUGCCAAUUUUAGCCAGCAAAGUAACCGGAAGAAACACACUCGAACACACACUGGAGAAAAACCUUUUUCUUCUACAGUAUGUUCUGCCAAUUUUAGCCAGCAAAGUAACCGGAAGAAACACACUCGAACACACACUGGAGAAAAACCUUUCUCUUGUACAGUAUGUUCUGCUAAGUUUAGCUACCAAAGUGCCCUGAAGGAGCACACUCGAACACACACUGGAGAAAAACCUUUUUCUUGUACAGUAUGUUCUGCCAAUUUUAGCCAGCAAAGUAACCGGAAGAAACACACUCGAACACACACUGGAGAAAAACCUUUUUCUUCUACAGUAUGUUCUGCCAAUUUUAGCCAGCAAAGUAACCGGAAGAAACACACUCGAACACACACUGGAGAAAAACCUUUUUCGUGUACAGUAUGUUCUGCUAAGUUUAGCUACCAAAGUGCCCUGAAGGAGCACACUCGAACACACACUGGAGAAAAACCUUUUUCAUGUAUUUUAUGUUCUGCCAAGUUUAGCCAGAAAGGUGCCCUUAAGCAGCACACUCUAACACACACUGGAGAAAAACCUUUCUCUUGUGCAGAAUGUUCUGCUCAGUUUAGCAGGCUUCAUGACCUGAAGCAGCACACUCGAACACACACUGGAGAAAAACCUUUUUCGUGUACAGUAUGUUCUGUCAAGUUUAGCCAGAAAGGUGCCCUAAAGAAGCACACUCUAACACACACUGGAGAAAAACCUUUCUCUUGUACAGUAUGUUCUGCUAAUUUUAGCCAGCAAAGUAACCUGAAGCAGCACACUCGAACACACACUGGAGAAAAACCUUUAUCAUGUACAUUAUGUUCUGCCAAGUUUAGCCAGAAAGGUGCCUUAAAGCAGCACACUCUAACACACACUGGAGAAAAACCUUUCUCUUGUGCAGAAUGUUCUGCUCAGUUUAGCAGGCUUCAUGACCUGAGGCAGCACACUCGAACACACACUGGAGAAAAACCUUUUUCUUGUACAGUAUGUUCUGCCAAUUUUAGCCAGCAAAGUAACCGGAAGAAACACACUCGAACACACACUGGAGAAAAACCUUUCUCUUGUACAGUAUGUUCUGCCAAUUUUAGCCAGCAAAGUGCCCUGAAGGAGCACACUUGAACACACACUGGAGAAAAACCUUUUUCUUGUACAGUAUGUUCUGCCAAUUUUAGCCAGCAAAGUGCCCUGAAGGAGCACACUUGAACACACACUGGAGAAAAACCUUUCUCUUGCACAGUAUGUUCUGCCAAUUUUAGCCAGCAAAGUGCCCUGAAGGAGCACACUCGAACACACACUGGAGAAAAACCUUUUUCUUGUACAGUAUGUUCUGCCAAUUUUAGCCAGCAAAGUGCCCUAAAGGAGCACACUCGAACACACACUGGAGAAAAACCUUUUUUAUGUACAUUAUGUUCUGCCAAAUUUAGGCAGCUUAUUCAUCUAAAGCAUCACACUCAAACACACUGGAGGAAAUCUGCUAAGUUUAUUUAGGCAGGCAAUUUAAACAAGAGUUCCUACUUUCACUUCCCCCUAGUUAGAGUAAGAGGGUACUGACUGUUUUUAAAAUCUACACAAAAGAAUCCAGUUAAGCGUUAAGCGCUUCUUCCCUUGUCCUCCCUUCUGUCCCACCCUGGAGCACCCUGCAUUGCACCAUCCAUGCCCCCACUCCUGAAGUGUGUUUGGUAAGUCUCCUCCCCUCCCUGUGUGUUGAGGUAGGGGAGAGCUGUGAACAUUGCAGGCUCCUGCACUCCCCAGCUUUUAUAAGUAUUUUUGUAAAGGAAUAAAUAUUAUGUUUUUGACA